AUGCCUCCGUCGUCCUUGGAAGAACUUCUAUAUCGACACCUCAUGAACUCUCCGACAUUCCAUGCUUGGGUGCGGAGAGUUCAUGCUCGUAUCAAUAGAAUCCCCUUGGAGGAGCAACCAAUCGAAGUAGGCCGAACAGUUUACCUCGAAGACUAUCGGCCCACCACUUGGCACAAGAUCAAUGCUGCUAGGAUAAUAUUCUGGGAUGAACUUAAGAAAUCCUUUACGUUCCGCUCUUAA